GUUUUUGGUUUUUGGAGGCAACAACAGGAAACAACGAAAAAUACCCAGAAAACUCAAAGAAAAGCUAUAAAAUAUUACAUCGCUAAUAGUUUUCCUUUCGUCUUUUAACAUAAGAAAUCGUGAAAUGUAAAAUAUUACAUGCAACAAUGUCUUCGACAGUGUUGAGAGUAAAACGCAGGCUAGAAGAUAACCCUCAGGAUGCUCUUGUGCUGGUUUGCAAACGGAUUAAGACAGACGCCGAUGCCGGCAUCUCGCCUUCGCUGUUCGUGUUUCGCGGAACGGUAGAAAACCAGGAAGAUAACCAUGUGAAAAGUAUAUAUUCCACAUCAGAGAAGAAACUAAAAACACCAAGAAACGUAGAUGACAUCAUUCAGAAGAUCAGGCAGGAACGUAAGGAGGUUUCUUCAGAAAGCCGGUACGAGGUUGUCAAUUGCAGCCGAGGGUUGAAGGAAGAUGAGGCUGAUAAGGGGCAUUACGACCUGGUAGACCUACAGCCACGAGAGUCCACAGAGGAAGAGCAAUGCCAGUAUGCUUAUGAUCUGUACACUGCAGCGAAGAAAGACUUUGAUAUUUCCAUGUUGGAGGAUUUGGUCUACAUUAGCAAUGUGGAAACAGAGCUCAUCUUCAGCUCCUACAGAGACAAUGGUCUACGCACUUCGUCUUGCUCCAGCGAGCAUGAGUCUGAUGACUCCAAUGACGAGAAUAACUGGAGGAACGAGUACCCUGACAGUGAACACAGCAGCAUUGGAUCAGAAGAUAUGGUCAGAGCUGUAGAGAAUUGUAGAUUGGAAGAUGACCUAUCAAGUGACGCAGAUGAAGACAAAAUCUAUGACGAGCCAUCAGAUUUAUUCAAUGAAGAUGUCAAACGUUAUGGCGAAGCAUACGCUAAGUAUAAGGCUAAAGUUUUAGCCGAGCAGCCAGAGUUAGCAAACAGUAGCCUAGUCCAUUGUGUGGUGAAAGACAUGGAUGAGGAAUCAGUUGAUGGGUACAAAGGUGACAGUGACGAUGAUGGAUUCUACUACGGGCAGGAAGAAGAUACAGAUCACUUCAAAGAUCAGUAUAAGGAGGAUAGUGACUCGGAGUUGUAUGACCCGGAUUAGUGUAAGUGUAUUGUUUUUUGUUUCUUAUUUGUUGGAAUAAGCAAUAUAAGUAUGUGAUUGUGAUCAUAGAAGUUAAUUGAAUAUAAUCAAGUUUUAUAUUUUGA